AAACAAAGAUGAUGGGAGGUUGGGCAGUAGUAGAAGUGGACUAAAGUCACCACUAAGUCUUGGCAGUCGUUCAUCAUGGUAUCAAUCAACAUUUGGGAUCUCACCAUUAAACCUUCAAAAUCAUUGAGGUACGCCAUUAAGUUGUUGCUGGAACCAACUAUUAAUUCAUUGUUGAAACAGAAGAUCACAAGAGAAUUUAAGUGAAAGUCUUUGAACCAUUACCUCACACAAAUCAACCAGCACAUGUCACAGCAGCCGUCUAUUUGUGAUUCCAUAAAUAAUCAUAUAUACAUUCAUUUACAUUCAAUCCAAAA